AUGACAGCAAUCACCACGGCCGAGCUUGCGAUAUAUGCCGUUCUUAUCAUUCCGGUGAUAUAUGUUCUGGUUACACACUUCCCACAUGGCAUUUUGGGGUGGUUCUAUCUGCAAGCAUUCUGUCUACUGCGUAUUAUUGCAGGUGGCAUGGCCCUUGGGAACAAUCCCUCUGCGCUCAUCGUCGCCAAUGUGGGAUUGUCUCCUUUGCUCCUCGCUGGAAGUGGCAUCCUGCACGAAGUCGUUAGCCCAUCUGGCUCUGGAGUCGACCCAAAGGUUGAAUGGGUCAUUGUGUUGAUGUUUCAUUUGCUUGUUGUCGCCGCCACAGCACUCGUCGCCUCGGGUGGCUCAGCACUUCAGAGUGCAUCCCCAGCGGCCGGCGCCCUGAAUAAGGUGAAGGCUGGUGUUGGAAUCCUCUUGCUUGCUUGGGUCAUCCUCAUUGUCGUGACUGCCAUCGCAUCCUGCCGACGCCGCCGACAAUCAUCACGAAUCUCUAGCAGCAAUGGAGCAAAGCUACUUAUUGGCGUCUACAUUGCGCUCGUGUUCAUCGGCAUCCGUCUCGUUUACACCUUGGCGGCAUUUACGAGCAACAACCCAGAGCUCAACCCUGUCACUGGAAACACCGCUAUCCUCGUCUGCUUAUCUCUUUUACCCGAACUCAUUGCCACUUUGAGUUUUGUUACUGUCGGCCUGAUGACACGUCAUGGCCAUCGCGAUAUGUGA